AUGUUUCAGGAGGGGCCGCAUCCCCAGCGAUUCAGCAAACUCGGCGUCGGAUACUGUGGGCAAGGCUACUACGCAGGUUGGGUGGCAGCUGAUGCCACCCUCGAGGGCUGCAAAGCAAAAUGCCACGAAGAAGACAAGUGCCGAUUCUUCGCCCUCUUCGAGGGGAAGACCUGCUCCAGAUAUGAUUCUCGGGCCGGCGACUGCAAGGACAUGGUGACUGAGGGCGGCGACUACUCCCCUCAGAUGCACACAACGUACGCCAAGACUGAGAAGGUGGAUCCACGCUUCCGGAAGCUUGGCACAGGCUUUUGCCUCUCAGGCUACUACGACGGUUGGAAGAAGGAGGACGCCACGAACCUGGCGACCUGUGCGGCGAAAUGCGGCUCCGAACAGCAUUGCCACUAUUUCGCCAUCGUGGCGGGGAAGACCUGUUCCAGGUACAACGGCGACGCCAAAGACUGCAGCGCACGACAUCCCGACCAGGAGCACACCCUCUACGCGAAGACGCAGGAGGCCCUGGCCGUGUUCCACUUCACCAAGCUGGGCGUUGGCUACUGUGCGCAGGGCUACUAUGCAGGUUGGCAGGCAGAAGACGGCAACCUACAAGCCUGCAAAGCCAGAUGCGAGCAGGAGGAGGGAUGCCAUUUCUUCGCGCUGUACGACGGGAAGACUUGCUCCAGAUACGACGCCCGGGCCGGAGACUGCAGUCAACGGGUGACAGAAGGGGGCCAGUAUUUUCCCGAAGACCACACAACCUAUGCCAAGACGGAGAAGGUCGAUCAUCGCUUUCGAAAACUUGGAACUGGAUUUUGCCUUGGAGGCUACUACUCCGGGUGGAAGAAGGAGGACGCCACCAACCUCGCGGUCUGCGCUGCAAAAUGCGGAUCCGAGCAGAAAUGCCACUACUUUGCCGUGGUGGAGGGCAAGACCUGUUCCAGGUACAGCAGCGAAGCCAAAGACUGCUCUGGGCGACACCCAGACCCUGAUCACACCCUCUACGCCAAGAUUGAGGCGUUUGGAGACACUUCGCAGCUGCCACUACAGCUUUUCUUGGGUGAUGUGGAUUCGGUGUUGGUGCUCGUGGAGGACAAGCUGACGCAGCUGUCCGUGGAGCUUUGUCAGCAAGUGGCGGCGGAGCUCUCCAAUGGCACCGAGGGCUUCCUCACCAAGAUGGAGACGCGGCUCGGACACACGCUUGGACACAUAGAGGCGGCUCUGUCACGGAAUCAGCUGGAGCCGCCAAGGCCGAGCUCCUCGAUUCCCAUGCCGCUGGGGCAGACAUCCGAAGACUCAGCGCUCUUUGCCGCGCCGGAGGAGCUCAUCAAGGGCCCGUAUCGGCCUCAAAUCGACCGCCCGUUGCGGACGAUGAUCUCUUCCCGGUAUGUGGGGGAGUUGCAGGACACUUUCGAUCACCGAGAUACGGAGUUGUCGCCGCCGCAAGACGGGAAACGCCGGAGAAGCCUCCAAAUGGGCCACUCGCCUUCCAAGACGAAGACCAGCCAGGUCCUUGCGGAGGAAGUCUUCGGCCUGGUCCCGGACGCCAAGCGCGAGGGCCGCCUUGACGAGGAAGGCGAUACCGAGACUCCAAGGGGCAUCAGCUGGCGAAGGCGGAUUCGGCGGAUCAUCUGCAGCCCUUACUUCGAGUGCUGCACGAUGGCCAUGAUACUGCUCAACUCGCUGCAGAUCGGUAUCCAGAUCGACUCCAUUGCCACCGCACAAUCCCGUGAGGUCCCCAUCGGCUUUCGCAUCACCGACAUCAUCUUUUGCGUCUUCUUCACUGUGGAAGUAGGCCUGCGUCUUUUCGUUCAUCGCUGCCGCUUCUUCACCAUGUACGGUUGUGCCUGGAACAUCAUCGACUUGUGUAUCGUGGGCGUUCAGCUCAUUGAGGAAACCUUGAUUCUCAUUGCGACAGUGACCAGCGUCGGGGACGACGUUGCAAACGCGCCGUUGAUGAGAGUGAUAACCGUGAUGCGAGGUAUCAAGGUUGUCCGCCUGAUCCGCACAGUCCGCUUCUCCGAGAACCUGCAGCUGAUCGUGAGCUGCCUUGUUUUGUCCCUUCGUACGUUCUUCUGGAGCUGUGCAUUUCUCUUCAUCAUGAUCUACAUCAUGGCCAUCGAGCUCACGGGCAUGGUCUACCAGCACGCCCUGGACAAUCCUGGAAGUACCUCCACGCUGGAGCUCAGGGUCUGGUGGGGCAACAUUCCCUUGAGUAUGCUCUCGCUCUUCCAAUCCCUCACGGGCGGCAUCGACUGGAACGAUGUCAUGAAGCCCCUCGCAGACCACGUCUCCCCUGCCUAUGCAGUCUUCUUGGUGCUCUGGCUCGCCUACAGCUACUUGGCAGUCAUGAAUCUGAUAACUGGCACUUUCGUGGAAUCCGUCAGCCAGCAGGCCGCAGACCUGAAGAUCCGAAGCCGGAUCAUCAAGGCGCGGCGCGUCUUUCAGGAGCUCGAUGCCGAUGGCUCCGGAUCCAUCUCGGUAGAGGAGAUCCGUGAGCACACCUCAACGAAGGCCGUCCUCGAGUUUUUUGAGUCGGUCGACGUGCACCCAGAGGAAGCACAGCACCUCAUCGAGGUCUUGGACAUGAAAGAUGACGGCCACAUCGGCUUCGAGGACUUUUUGGAGAUCGCGGUGAGGCUCAAUGGCAUGCCGAAAGCCUCCGACCUGUUAAUGUUGUACCACGAAGUCAAGCGGUUUCACAUGCACUCCGCCGCGGAGAUGAGCCGCAUCAAAAUGGCCCUGGGCUUGGAUCCAGGGCCGCCAAUGGGCCGGGACAGCAUGUGA